AAUUCAAUUAAGCUUUUACUACCAUUUUAAUUAUAGAGUACCCAAAACUCAAUUAAACUUCAGGUAUUCUAUAAUAGUAUUAGCACCUACCCUUCAUCCUCUGCUUCCUUUGAUUCUCUCUCUCUCUCUCUCUCUCUCUCUCAUUCACUAACUCAGACCCACUUCAAUAAGAUCAAAGUUGAAGAUGAUGAUGGGUUUGGUCAAAUGGGUCAACUUGUUCAUCAUAUUUCAUUUGUUUGGUGCUGCAACAACAACAAAACCCAUCAUGGCAGCCUCAGAUUCUUCCAAGUUUCUGAAUUUGGCGAAGGAACCUUGGGUAUUUGAUUGGAUGGUUGAGAUCAGGAGGAAGAUUCAUGAGAAUCCAGAACUGGGGUAUGAGGAAUUUAAGACAAGUGAGCUUGUAAGGACCGAAUUGGACAAGCUUGGGAUCCCAUACAAAUACCCAGUUGCGGUAACAGGUGUUAUUGCUUUCAUAGGAACAAAAAAGCCUCCUUUUGUUGCAAUUAGAGCUGACAUGGAUGCUCUCCCUAUGCAGGAACUGGUGGAAUGGGAGCACAAGAGUAAAGUGCAAGGCAAGAUGCAUGCAUGCGGUCAUGAUGCUCAUGUUGCUAUGCUUCUUGGUGCUGCAAAGAUCCUCAAAGAGCAUGAAAAAGAUAUCCAAGGAACUGUAGUUCUUGUUUUUCAACCUGCAGAGGAAGGAGGUGGAGGGGCUAAGGAAAUUUUAGAUGCUGGAGCCUUAGAAAAUGUUUCUGCCAUAUUUGGAUUGCAUGUCGCACCGAAGUUACCUAUAGGCGUAGUGGCAUCUAGAUCUGGUUCUUUCUUUGCCGGAAGUGGCUUCUUUGAAGCAAUAAUAAGUGGCAAGGGAGGUCAUGCAGCCAUUCCUCAGCAUUCUAUAGACCCCAUAUUGGCAGCUUCUAAUGUGAUUGUUAGCUUACAACAUAUAAUUUCUCGCGAGGCUGAUCCUCUGGAUUCGCAGGUUGUGACGGUAGCGAAAUUCCAAGGAGGUGGUGCAUUCAAUGUUAUUCCAGAUUCUGUCACAAUCGGUGGGACUUUCCGAGCUUUCUCAACAGGGAGUUUUAUGCAACUGAGACAGCGGAUUGAGCAGGUUAUUACUAAGCAAGCUUCCGUGCAAAGGUGCAAUGCAACGGUCAGCUUUCUGGACGACAAGCCUUUCUUCCCUCCAACUGUAAACCAUGCAGAAUUGCAUGACUAUUUCCAAAGUGUAGCCGGAAGCGUGCUCGGCGGCGAUAAAGUGAUUGACAUACAACCAUUGAUGGGAUCGGAGGACUUUUCGUUCUACCAACAGGUCAUUCCCGGUUACUUCUUCCUCCUUGGAAUGGAGAACACGGCGGUUGAACACCUCGAAUCGCCACACUCUCCCCAUUUCAAAGUAAACGAAGAUGCACUCCCUUAUGGAGCUGCACUUCAUGCUUCAUUAGCUGCUAACUAUCUUCUCAAAAUUCAUCAAGACUUGCCAGUGGUAAAGGAGAAACACCAUGAUGAAUUAUAACACACAUCAUAUCAUCAUGCUUUCCGCUUCACACAUACCUUAUUUGUAAAUCUAUUACAUUCACAGUGAAGUCAUUUGAGAUCAUUGGCAAUGACCAUAUAUAUUGGAACAAAUAUUAGAAAAUAAUCCACAAUUUUUCAGAUAA